CCAGUGCCGCAUGACUACAUCGCAUGCUUACCCAUUUUUGCCAUGGACGAUUUGCAGCAGCUGGAGGAGCUUCGGCAGCACUUGGAAGAGGGGCAAGCGCGGUGCUUGCUCGAAGCGCAGAAAUCCGACGCGAGCAUAGCGGAGCUUGCGCAGCAGGUGUCAAAGCUACACCAUCAGCUUCAGGGCCAUUUGCCAGAUGACCAUGGGUCCCUCUUGCGGCAGGAGCAGAGGAAGUGGCAGGAAGCGUUUGCUGGGCGUGCCAGCUACGCAGAUAGUGAUGAUGAGGACAUCCUAGGGGAGUUUCGGUGCUGCACUCGGCUGCAGACGAUUAUGACAAACAUCACCCGCCUGAUCACACAACAUGCAGAGGGAGAAGCUCGACUAAUCCAGGCCGAAAUGCAAGAGAUGCCAUGCCCAACUGAUGUGAGCAGUGAGCUGCAAGGGUUGCGCGACUUGAAGUCGCGAUUGCAGCAGAGCAAGACAUCUGAGUCCAAAGAGGCCAAAGAACACCCUCAAUCUGGUAAGCGGAUUUGCAGUGGGGAAGAAGCUAACCCAUCAGAGGGGCCCAAAGUCAGGCCCGACCAGGUGGCAACCAAAGAGGUCGCGGCCGAGACUGCCACUGCCGCCACAGAGGCCACCUUGGGACCGGAGUGUGAUGCCGAGCCGGCCACAAAUUCUGAAGCCGCGAAAGCGAAAGGGAAAGGGACGGCAAAAGGCAAAGGCAAAGGCAAAGGCCCGCCCUUGCCAAAAGCAAAAGCAAUGACAAAGGCAGCAGCGACUGCAGGCAAGUGUGAGAGGAAGAAUUUGGUGACUCUGCACUGGAAGGCAUUGCCUGCAGGGAUGGAGGUUCCAUCAAAUGAUCCGUUUCUGCAGCAGUGCGUAGAUAUGGUCGGCACAGCUGGAGGUGAUUCAGGAUUAGAUGCCAGCCCAGGGCCCGUGAGCGAGAAGCUGGGUGGAGCUUUCUCAGAGGCAGACUGUAUGGGCCUUCCGGCCUCCAUGGUCGAGGUGUACUUCAGACGACGUGAAGCUGCAGUGCAGCUCGAGCCAGCCAACACCAACAAGACAACCAUUCUUGACGAGAAACAAUGUCGAAUGUUGGGCAUUCUGAUGGGCAAAUAUCGAAUGAAGAACAAAGAUGAAAGCGAGCGACGAAUUGUGAACAGCAUGAAGCGUGCAGUCUUAAGCUGCCGGUAUGACGUUCUCAAGGAAGAGGGCUUGAGCAUGCUUCGGAAAGUCAUCCGAGAUGCUAUGGGAGGGAACAACAUCAUGGAUUUUGUCAAGGCAAACGGAGCUAGCGCAUUGAAGAAGCUGAAAGACCCUUGGCUCCAUCGCCUUGUUUACGAGGUCCUGAAGGUUCCUCAAAUCGAAGAGAGGCUAGAGUGCAUGCUCUUCCAGACAGCCUUUGAGGAGGGCCUUGCAAAGUGCAAGAAGAACAUGGAGGUUAUGUGCAAGGCUCUUCAAAUGCUGAGUGAGAAGCACAACAGGUUGCGGGAGCUUUUCAUGAUUGCGCAUCGGUUUGGCACAGCUUUGAACAGCAACUGUCUGGCUCCUCAAGCUCCGCAAGGCUUCAGCCUGACCUCGUUGGAGAAGUUGGCGCAGACCAGAUCUACAGCUUCACCGAAGCACAACAUGUUGCACUUCGUUCUGGCAAUGAUGACACCGGAGAGUGCUUCGGGCCUCUUCUCUGAAGAGGAUCUGAAGCUGCUUACAGCGGCAAGAGCAACAAAAAGCUAUACGGUAUACCAGGACUGUACCGAAUUGACGCAGGGCUUCUAUGCUAUUCGCGAAAUGUGUGAAACUGGCAAGUACAAAAGUGCGACGGGUGAGCGCGUGAAGAUGGAGCGCAGGCGAAUGACCAAGGCAGCUGGGGAUGAAGAGGCGAUUGACACGGACGACUGCUUUCAUUCAGUCCUGCAGGCAUUCGUCGAAAAGUACGAUAAGAGAGUCCAAAGCGUGGCCCAAGGGUGCUAUUGUGCCUUCAUUGUGUACAAGGAGCAAGCGCUGUUCUUUGACGACCUGGGUACAGUAUAUCCACCUCCAAAGGAUGACCAAGACAGCAAGGUUGAUUUGUUGGCAGUCAUGCACAAGCUGGCAGUGCAAGUGCGCAAGCACGCGGUCGAGGUGGAGCAGGAUGGCCUACGUCAGAAUCUGGCAGCUACACGUGAUGCUGACCGCAUCGCCAGUUGAUGUUAUCGAAUUGAGAUUGUAGUCAUUCAGCUUAGCAGUUAUGCUUGUUUGGGCA